AAAAAAAUCCAUUCCUUCCCAUCUUUAUAGCCGAGCAGAAAGUCUAUUCAGUGGAAAAUGUUCAGUGUGGCUCUUUAGCCCUUGCUCUUUUCAGUGUCUUUAUAAUAACUAUAAAAAAAAGGAAAGUUAAAAAAAAAAAAGAAAGGGGGAAAAUGGAGCUUCCAUUUUUCACCACCACCGCCAGCAGCAGCAACAGCGCCACCACUAGGGCGGAGGCUUUACGGUGGUUGGCAAUUGGGGAGAAGCUCUUAGCUGGGCGUGACCUGGUCGGUAGCAAAUCAUUCGCGGCGCGGGCUAGGGAAUCCGACCCGACCCUAUUGUACGCCGACCAAAUCAUCGCCGUCGCCGAGACCCUCAUGGCCGGCGACAAGCGGAUCAAUAACCUCCACGACUGGUACUCCGUGCUCCAGCUGUCCUUCCAGCAGUCUCUUGACGGAGAACUCAUCGCCAAUCAGUACCGGAAGCUCGCCCUUCUUCUGAACCCGCAGAAGAAUAAGCUCCCAUUUUCGGAUCAAGCUUUCACGCUCAUCGUUAAUGCCUGGCAGGUUCUCUCUAAUCCCUCUAAGAAAGCCAUAUACGACAACCAGGUUCUGCCUUACCUCGGAGUCAACCCCAACCCGGUAAGUCCCGGGUUUAACCCAAUGAACACCGGAAUGAACCGGGAACAAUUCAACCAUCAGCCUUUUGAGAUAAGCUUCCAGGUAAUGCCCCAGCAACAGCAUGCAUCAGCUAACAGUGAACAAAUGAUGCAGCAUCAGCAACCACAGUUUGGAGUUGUUCGAGAACCGCCCCCAAGCAUGAUGGUGCCCCAGCAUCAUCUGAGUCAAGAGCCAGUGCAUCAGCCGACGCCCCAGCAGGCCCGGAAUAAAGAGCCGGUGAGGCAGCCGAUGCAGCAGCAGCAGCCCCAGCCGAUGCCCGCGUGGCAGACUCCUCCCAAGCAGCCUCAACCGCGGGCUCAGCCACCUUGGAAAGAGAGUACUACGGUGGGUAACAAUGUAACCCAUAACUUUUCUGGUAUUGUCGGUGAUAGCGUUCGUGAUAAUAAUAAUAAUAAUGAGAUAAAUGAUAAUGCUAGUGCUAGUGUUGCUACCGACGAUAAUGUCGAUAAUGUUAAUGGGAAUAUUGGGACGAGUGAUGCAGGGGAGGAGGGUAGGAGAGCGGAUGAAUCCUCGGAUGACGGGGUAUCUACCUUUUGGACUGCGUGUCCAUAUUGCUAUUACAUGUUUGAAUAUCCUAGUGUUUAUGAGGAUUGUGCAUUGAAGUGUCAGAAUUGUAAGAAAGCUUUUCAAGGGGUGAAAGUUCCACCCCCGCCCCCUGUUGCUGAUGGGCAAGAUGUGAACUUUUGUUGUUGGGGGAUGAUGCCAUUGGGCGUUUCGAUGGGGAUUUUGGAGAGGAAUAAAGAAAAGGGUGGAUGGACUCCAUUUUCACCCAUGUUUAAUUUACCAAAGGGAACUGGGAAUCGAGGUCCUCCAGGGAAUUGGCCUAGUUUUGGGGGUUGGAGUGGAAACAAUAAUAGUGGAGGAACGGGGGGUGGGAACACAGAUCCCCGGAACGAUAACGCGGGAGGAAGAUCGGAUAGAGGGAAUGCGGAUGGUAGGAAGAGAGCUUCCGGUCCAAGGGUCUAUGUUAAUGAUGAGGAUGUCUUUCUGGAAUAUUCAGAUGCAAGUGAGGAUGAUGAUGAUGAUUGGAGAACUGAAACUAGGAGGAGAAAAGCAACAUCCGACAAGAGAGCUAAUGAAGUCUCAGCCAAGGCUACUGGAACACCUAACAAAACACCUGGUCGAAGAGGUAGGAAACCAAAGAUUGACAAGGAAAACAAUAAGGAAAGAACUGGCCCUGAGAAUGUGCAACAAGGGGUUGCAGUUCAAGAGGGACAGAGAGUUGGAAACGCUCCCACAUCUGCUGCAGAGUUAAAUAAGAAAGGUGCACCAGCUGUUGCAAGGAGGCAUUCUAUGAGAGUUGCUAAGGACUUUGGGAAGUUAGACUUGAAUGUGGAAUUUAAUAAUGAGGGUGAAGAGCCCGCACCAAGGGUGAUACAAGCAAAUGGAAUGGGGCGUGGAAUGGAGGACAUCAUUGAAGGGGGUGGGUUCUUUGAGGGUCUUGAUGAAUUCCUGAGUACUCUUCCCAUACUCAAUGUUGUAGGUGAUGACAAGGUCAAAGCUGCCUAGUAAAUUAGAAUUUGCAUUGUUGUAGCUGUAGUAUUUGUUUAUGUUCCCUUAGGACUUGUUAAUGUAUCCAUUUUCUGUGUUGUUUUUGGCUUAAGCUUAAUGAGAAAAAUGAGCUAUGGCUAACUGUUGCUUUUGCUCUCCAAUUCAAAUACAUUCAAAGGCAGGAUGCCUGCCUUUUCGGAUAUGUUAUUAGGCAUUAUAAGGGAAUCUUGGCUGUUCACCGGAGUAGGCAUAUUUUCAUCCUGUAGUUUCAACGACUUGCAUCAUCCGUAGAUGAUUCCUAGUUAGGGGUUUUGCAUAUGUAAAAGAUGGUCAAUGUAUCUUGAUUCUAAAGAGAUUAGCUUAAGAUUGGUAUCCAUCCGAUAUCACACAAAAAUGAAGUAUGAUUAUGCAUUGUGAUUGCUGACUGAUACUACUUUUUUCCCUUAAAUUUGAUCGGAUGUUUUAUUGACAUUCUUAAUGACAAAAGGCUGAAAAUGGUUUAAUUAUUCCCGAAGUUUAUUAUCUUUAAAUAUGAUGUUUCAACCUUAUAUAUUGCAUUGCUGUUGAGAUAGUUCUGAGCAGAGCAGCAUGCACUAGAUAGAUGCAGCUAUGGAAGCAAUUUUCUUAUGGGGCUGUACCUCUCCUUAGGCUUUUUUUUUCUUCCUUCUGCAUCUGUCUGCUCUUGUAUUUUUUACUCGUUUUGCCUUGAUUUCUACAACAUGAAAUUUUUGGAGAACAAUGGGUCAUAUGUGCCUACCCUGUUGCAUCUCUGAAUAAAUUGUUACCUGACAGGAGAUAGUAUGAUUAGAUAUUUGCUGUUAGGGAACUUGUUGGUCUUAUAUUUUAUGGUUUAAAACACACGUGCAAGAGAGCAUGACAGCUUCUUCUUCUUGAUGGGA